AUGCCAAAUGGAAAGCAAUAACUGACCAAAUUAAGAAAGCUGUGGAAGUCUAUCAGCCAUGUGUAAAGGAGAAUUGCAGCUGCCACCAAAGUGUCUGGAAGCAGGACCUGGCUCCUUUUCGAGGUGGCAUUUCCAAGGAGAUGAUAUCAGAUGUGGUGAGCCGGAAGGUCGGGACACACUACCAAAUCAUUAAGAACAAAUUGUACCGUGAGCAGGACUGCUUGUUCCCUGCAAGAUGCAGUGGAGUUGAGCACUUCCUUCUGGGGAUCAUCAACCGCCUUCCUGACAUGGAAAUGGUGAUCAAUGUGCGAGACUACCCCCAGGUCCCCAAGUGGAUGAAACCCAUUAUCCCAGUCUUCUCCUUCAGUAAGACAUCUGAAUACAGUGAUAUCAUGUAUCCUGCCUGGACAUUUUGGGAAGGAGGACCAGCUGUUUGGCCAAUUUACCCAACAGGUUUAGGGCGCUGGGACCUCAUGAGAGAGGACCUCAGAAGAUCUGCAGAAAAAUGGCCGUGGAUGAAAAAAAUCUCUAAAGGAUAUUUCCGAGGAUCCAGAACGAGCCCUGAGAGAGAUCCCCUGAUUCUGCUGUCCCGAGAAAACCCAGAACUUGUUGAUGCUGAGUACACUAAAAACCAGGCUUGGAAAUCUGAGAAGGACACCUUAGGAAAACCUCCUGCAAAGGAAAUUCCACUGGUUGAUCACUGCAAAUACAAGUAUCUGUUUAAUUUCCGGGGAGUGGCUGCCAGUUUCCGGUUGAAACACCUUUUCUUGUGUGGUUCACUCGUCUUUCACGUUGGAGAAGAGUGGUUGGAGUUCUUCUACCCCCAGCUGAAGCCUUGGGUCCACUACAUCCCAGUCCAAUCAGACCUCUCUGACGUCAGGGAGCUGUUGCAAUUUGUAAAGGAAAAUGAUGCCAUAGCACAAGAAAUUUCAGAGAGGGGACGCCAAUUCAUCACCGAGCACUUGCAGAUGGAGGACGUCUCUUGCUACUGGGAGCAUCUGCUGUCUGAAUAUUCCCAAACCUUGACUUACAAAGUGAAAAGGAGGAAGAGCUACAGCGAGAUCACUUCUGAAUGGCUGAAAACAGAACUGUAGAGACUUCUCUGUUUUUCUCUUCACCUCAAACUGAUCUCUGGGGAAAUCUGAAGUCUGGUGUAUCUUC